AUGACAAAGCGCCUUCCACAAACAAUCACCUCUUGCCUUCAACAACUUCGGGAAGGGUCUCCGUCUCUCCACCGGGGGCUUCAUCCUUCCAGGGAGGAGAAGAGGGACUCCAGAAUGGCUGAGGAGAAGAAGCUGAAGCUUAGCAACACUGUGCUGCCCUCGGAGUCCAUGAAGGUGGUGGCUGAAUCCAUGGGCAUCGCCCAGAUUCAGGAGGAGACCUGCCAGCUGCUAACGGAUGAGGUCAGCUACCGCAUCAAAGAGAUCGCACAGGAUGCCUUGAAGUUCAUGCACAUGGGGAAGCGGCAGAAGCUCACCACCAGUGACAUUGACUACGCCUUGAAGCUAAAGAAUGUUGAGCCACUCUAUGGCUUCCAUGCCCAGGAGUUCAUUCCUUUCCGCUUCGCCUCUGGUGGGGGCCGGGAGCUUUACUUCUACGAGGAGAAGGAAGUUGAUCUGAGCGACAUCAUCAAUACCCCUCUGCCCCGGGUGCCCCUGGACGUCUGCCUCAAAGCUCAUUGGCUGAGCAUCGAGGGCUGCCAGCCAGCUAUCCCCGAGAACCCACCCCCAGCUCCCAAAGAGCAACAGAAGGCCGAAGCCACAGAACCCCUGAAGUCAGCCAAGCCAGGCCAGGAGGAAGACGGACCCCUGAAGGGCAAAGGUCAAGGGGCCACCACAGCCGACGGCAAAGGGAAAGAGAAGAAGGCGCCACCCUUGCUGGACGGGGCCCCCUUGCGACUGAAGCCCCGGAGCAUCCACGAGUUAUCUGUGGAGCAGCAGCUCUACUACAAGGAGAUCACUGAGGCCUGCGUGGGCUCCUGCGAGGCCAAGAGGGCGGAAGCCCUGCAAAGCAUUGCCACGGACCCCGGGCUGUAUCAGAUGCUGCCACGGUUCAGUACCUUUAUCUCGGAGGGGGUCCGUGUGAACGUGGUUCAGAACAACCUGGCCCUGCUCAUCUACCUGAUGCGUAUGGUGAAGGCGCUGAUGGACAACCCCACGCUCUAUCUAGAAAAAUACGUCCAUGAGCUGAUUCCGGCUGUGAUGACCUGCAUUGUGAGCAGACAGUUGUGCCUGCGACCAGAUGUGGACAAUCACUGGGCACUCCGAGACUUUGCUGCCCGCCUGGUGGCCCAGAUCUGCAAGCAUUUUAGCACAACCACUAACAACAUCCAGUCCCGGAUCACCAAGACCUUCACCAAGAGCUGGGUGGACGAGAAGACGCCCUGGACAACUCGUUAUGGCUCCAUCGCAGGCUUGGCUGAGCUGGGACACGAUGUUAUCAAGACUCUGAUUCUGCCCCGGCUGCAGCAGGAAGGGGAGCGGAUCCGCAGUGUGCUGGACGGCCCUGUGCUGAGCAACAUUGACCGGAUUGGAGCAGACCAUGUGCAGAGCCUCCUGCUGAAACACUGUGCUCCUGUUCUGGCAAAGCUGCGCCCCCCGCCUGACAAUCAGGACGCCUAUCGGGCAGAAUUCGGGUCCCUUGGGCCCCUCCUCUGCUCCCAUGUGGUCAAGGCUCGGGCCCAGGCUGCUCUGCAGGCUCAGCAGGUCAACAGGACCACUCUGACCAUCACGCAGCCCCGGCCCACGCUGACCCUCUCACAGGCCCCACAGCCUGGCCCUCGCACCCCUGGCUUGCUGAAGGUUCCUGGCUCCAUCGCACUUCCUGUCCAGACACUGGUGUCUGCACGAGCGGCUGCCCCACCACAGCCUUCCCCUCCUCCAACCAAGUUUAUUGUAAUGUCGUCGUCCUCCAGCGCCCCAUCCACCCAGCAGGUCCUGUCUCUCAGCACCUCGGCCCCCGGCUCAGGUUCCACCACCACUUCGCCCGUCACCACCACCGUCCCCAGCGUGCAGCCCAUCGUCAAGCUGGUCUCCACUGCCACCACCGCACCCCCCAGCACUGCUCCCUCUGGUCCUGGGAGUGUCCAGAAGUACAUCGUGGUCUCACUUCCCCCAACAGGGGAGGGCAAAGGAGGCCCCACCUCCCAUCCUUCUCCAGUUCCUCCCCCGGCAUCAUCCCCCUCCCCACUCAGUGGCAGUGCCCUUUGUGGGGGGAAGCAGGAACCUGGGGACAGUCCCCCUCCAGCUCCAGGGACUCCAAAAACGAAUGGCUCCCAGCCCAACUCUGGCUCCCCUCAGCCUGCUCCGUGAUGCUCCACCUGCCAGCCCCCGGAUUCCCACAUCUGCAGACAUGUACACAUGUGCACGUACACACAUGUAUGCACGCUAAGCGGAAGGAAGUUGUAGAUUGCUUCCUUCAUGUUACUUUCUUUUUAGAUAUUGUACAGCCAGUUUCUCAGAAUAAAAGUUUGGUUUGUGAGUUCUGA